AUGAUAUUUGAAGCCGUUCUUGCAACAGGAUUUCUGUGCAACAGCGAUGGAACGAGAACAGCUCCUCUGAUGCUGGAUCUUCAGACGAGCUAUUGCAGAGAAGUGGAAUAUUAUCCAAAGACGGUCAGCGAAGCACAAGAUAUGUUGAAGAUUCACAUGGAAGUGAGUAAAAAUCCGGGAGUGAACCUCUACCAAGGAAAACACCAACCUAAUCAAGGUAUAUGUAAAGGAAAAGGAAAGGGGAAGCCGAAGGAUGGAAAGAAGGCAGCAUGUUAUGUGUGUGGCAACAAAGACAGUAUGUCUCCAAAAUGCCCAGACAGACUGCUACAAAAGACCCAAUGGAAGAAUCAGGAUCAAUAUGUUGACUAUGGGAAGAAGCUCAAUCUUAAUCAGAUUGGAGCAACUGUCCCAGCUACUGUUCCAGCUAUAGUUCCUGGAGCUUCACAAGUGGAGCAUCAAUUGUUGCGAGAAGCGUUACAUCACCUUUGCAACAUGGAGAUCAAGAAUGCUAAGUUUGUCACCUGCAUUGAUACCACUGUGCGUUAUCGCUCAUGUAUUCCCGUGCAGAACCUGAAGACUGACCCUGUAUUUGAAGCAUUGGAUAAGAUAUUCCGCCGCUACAACAAGGCAGGCUUUCAAGUCAAGAUCAUCAAGUGUGAUCGGGCGUUCAUUCCUCGCUCUCACGAAUGA